AUGGAGCGCCAUCACAUCACAUGUCAUGCGAGAGAAUCUGUCACCAACCUGAAAAGGAAGAUCAGUACUUACCAAUCAUUGAGAGGCAAAAAGAAGCAAGAUUCGAAAGCCGGAUCAGAACUCGAGGAAGAGAUAGACAUCUUGGACAACUCCAUGCAGUCUCGAAUGGAAGAAGUUCAUGAAGCGGACGGUAUGAAUUCAAAAGUCAAGAGUUGCAGAGAGACAUUGGCUGCCAAAUUUCAAAUUUUGCAGCAGAACAAACUUCCUACGGCUCUCCAACAAGAUUUGGCCGACCUUCGGGGCAUGACAAGUAGCUCGGCUCUCAAGAGAAAAUAUAAGAACAGAAUGGAUAAGAAAUUUGAAGACGUUGAACCAUUAGGGAAGAUCAAAUUGACCAUCUUCGAGGACGAAGAUGAAUCUCCAGCAUCGCUGACUGCAAUCUGA